AUGGGAUCACACUCUGUGCCACUGCUGCCUCAAUAUGGGAUCACUCUCUGUAUAACACGCACCUCAAUAUGGGAUCACACUCUGUGCCGCCGCACCUGUAUGGGGAUCACUCUUUGUAUAACACCUCAAUAUGGGAUCACUCCCUGUAUAACACCUCAAUAUGGGAUCACACUCUGUAUAACACCUCAAUAUGGGAUCACUCUCUGUAUAACACCUCAAUAUGGGAUCACACUCUGUAUAACACCUCAAUAUGGGAUCACACUCUGUAUAACACCUCAAUAUGGGAUCACUCUCUGUAUAACACCUCAAUAUGGGAUCACUCUCUGUAUAACACCUCAAUAUGGGAUCACACUCUGUAUAACACCUCAAUGUGGGAUCACACUCUGUACUUUCUUUUCAAUAUGGGAUCCUCUCCUGCCUGCUUACCUCAAUAUGGGAUCACUCUCUGUAUAA